CCUCAACUGCUUGUUGUUGCCGCUUCUACAGAAAGGGGGCGCUCUCAAGAAAGGCGCCAUCGCCCGCACCUUACAGAUGGUGAAAAUGGUUUUGUCGUACAACCCGGAGCAGCUGGAUUGGGAUUCGCCCCAUCGCACCAAUCAGCAACAGUGUUACUGCUACUGCGGCGGCCCCGGCGAGUGGUACCUGAAGAUGCUCCAGUGCUGCCGCUGCCGACAGUGGUUCCACGAAGCUUGCACCCAAUGCCUCAGCUAUUCGAUGCUGUUCGGAGAUCGGUUUUAUAUUUUCUACUGCUCGGUAUGCAACCAGAGUCCGGAGUACAUCAAACGGCUGCCCUUGAGAUGUUCAGUGCCCUGUGAGCUCCACCAAGAAAGGAGGCGGAAAAGAUCGAAAUUCCUCUUGGAGGACGCCAUUCCCAGUCCAGCUGUCCUCUGUUCCCCUCUCCUUGUCCUUCUUUCUAGCAGGAGUUCGAGCCACACUUUCCUUUCCGACGUGGAUUCCACCGACGCCGUCAGCACGUCUGGAUCAGCGACCACCAGCCUGUCUUACGAUUCCAGCAAAAGGAACGUGGGCAGCCGGAAGCGCAAGCUGUCGUCCAAAACGUACACGCCUCUGGAGGCCAAGCAAAAAUGCUCGGAGCGUCCACGGAGGAUCCCGCCGGCCUGCUCCUCGGAAGACGGCGAGGCCGCCUGUGGCCCCGACCGCCCGGAGGACGCCCUCGACGGUCAUGCCUUUGGGAACCUGAGCGAAGAUGAUGCCCCCCUUUCCCAACUGAAGUCAUCCAUCCAUGACUAUUUUGGCGCGGCCGGCAGGCUGGUGUGUGGGGAGAAAUACCAGGUCCUGGCACGCAGGGUGACGCCGGAGGGGAAGGUGGAGUACUUGGUGGAAUGGGAAGGGACCACUCCGUACUGAGGAUGCGCUGGGGCCCCCCGAAGGGAGUGGAAAAGCCAGAUUUGGGCCACAACUGGGGAAAAGCCCAUUUCUAAUAAAUAUUCCAGACCGCUUGGUCAAGGGUGUCCUCUUUCGGCCGAUCCCCAGGCACUCUUCGUGUGCCCAGGAAAGCUUCGGCCGAGAUACCAGAGGGAGACCUCGUUUGUGUGCCUACCUUAAACCGCCCCCUCGUUUUUAAUCCUAUUUCCUUCGUUACACAGAGGGUGAAUGUAUUGCACAAGAGUUAGAUGAGGUGUGGAGACGGACGAUCAGGACAGAGCCGUUUUUAACGUGGCGAUGGACGGAGAGGCAGUGUGGGUAAGGGUGGACCAGAUGGGCGGGUGGCUCUAUCUAUUUUAGGGCUGGGGAGGGAAAGAAAGUGGACCUUUAGAUAGGGUUGAACCACAACUCCCAUCAGCCAGCAAAGCCAACACUGAGGAAUUAUGAGAGACGUAGUCCAAUGCGAUCCAGUGUGGCCGCCUUUUUUCUCUUGCACAGGGUAAUAUUCUGAUCCCAACAGAGGGUUCUUCUCUGCCAUACUAAAAGUAUUUGAGAGGGAGCAUUCUUGAAAAAAAUAUAUACUUUCCCUCCUAUGAGCAUUUUAUUUUUGGAUGAAUUUGGACUGUUUUCUCCCCAAAAUGCUUCUGUGCACCUUCUUAUUGAUAUAUAUAUAUAUAUAUAUACGAAAGACUUACGGAUCUUCGUAUUGCUGCUUUUUUUUUUGUAACAACGGAUUGUUAUUUUUGGGGGGGGGUUGUUUAUUCUGUUCAAGUUGUAAUUAAUAUAUCAGAUGUACGAUCAUUAAAAAAAAGAGAGAGAGA